AUGUCAGCAUCUAAACUAGCGUUGAAAGGUUCAUCCAAGAUAGUGUCCGACUACUUUGAAUUCGCCAUAAACAGCAUUCUUUUCCAACGAGGCAUAUACCCAGCCGAAGAUUUCAUCACGGUACGAAAAUAUGAUUUACCUAUGGUUAUAAAUAAUGACGACGAUGUGAAAAACUACAUCAGUAAUAUCAUGCAGCAAUUGAAGAAAUGGAUCUACGGUAAAAAGAUAACCAAGUUAAUUGUCGUUAUUGUUUCGACUAGUACUGGUGAAAGUAUAGAACGAUGGGAAUUCAAUAUCGAAACUAAAGAUGAUGAUGACGACAACAACAAUAGCACCGUCGAUAAUGAGGAAAAAGCGGGAAAGAAAAGCAAAGAAGAGAUUCAGAAGGAAAUAAGAGCAAUAAUACGUCAAGUAACUUCGUCAGUGAGUUAUUUGCCCAUUUUAAGAGAUGAUGAAUAUACAUUCAAUGUAUUGGUGUAUACCGAUAAAGAUACAAAUGUACCUAUACAAUGGUGUGAUACUAAUGGUGAUGGAAGGGUAUUGGAAGGCGAAAACGUUGAUGAGAUAGAUUUUGCCAGUUUUAGCACCGAUAAGCAUAAAGUAAAGACUUCAGUCAGUUACAAAUAUGAAUAG